UGAAGAGCCCUGGGGAGGGCGUGCUCGGGUUCCGGCCCGGCCUCAUUGACGGAAAGAAACCAGCCUGUUCUCUCCCGACACUGUGUCCUCUGUCGCUGCCACGCGGGGAUGGAACUGGGGGAUGGGACUGGCAGAGGUAGCUGCAAUGAAGUCUCCGCUCAUACCAAGUUUACCCACUGGGCUUUGGGGACCGCGGUCAGUGGCUUAGGCCAAAAGUUGGAUUUAUUCGUUCAUCUCCCGGAAAUCUCAUCUAUGUUCUUUCUUCAUUCACUCAUCCCUCAAUUCUACUCUAAGCCGGGGCCCAUUGGACACCAUGAAGCUGCUGCCAGUCUUGGGGCCUGGAGACAAGCCCAGGAAAGCAACAUGGUACACCUUGACCCCCCCUGGAGACAGCCCCUGUGCUCGGGUUGGCCACAGCUGUUCAUAUUUACCCCCAGUUGGUGAUGCCAAGAGAGGGAAGGUCUUCAUUGUUGGGGGAGCAGAUCCAAGCAGGAGCUUCUCAGAUGUACACACCAUGGAUCUGGGAACACACCGGUGGGAUUUAGCCACCUCGGAGGGCCUCUUGCCCCGGUACGAGCAUGCCAGCUUUGUUCCCUCUUGUGCUCCUCAUACCAUCUGGGUGUUCGGAGGUGCUGACCAGUCAGGAAAUCGAAAUUGCCUACAAGUUCUAAAUCCUGAAACCAGGACUUGGACCAUGCCGGAGGUGACCAGCCCCCCGCCAUGCCCAAGAACAUUCCACACAUCGUCUGCAGCCAUUGGAAACCAGCUGUAUGUCUUUGGGGGCGGAGAGAGAGGCGCCCAGCCUGUGCAGGAUGUGAAGCUGCAUGUGUUUGACGCAAACACUCUGACCUGGUCACAGCCAGAGACCCUUGGAAAACCUCCAUCCCCCCGGCAUGGUCAUGUGAUGGUGGCAGCAGAGACAAAGCUCUUCAUCCAUGGAGGCUUGGCAGGGGACAAAUUCUAUGAUGAUCUCCACUGCAUUGAUAUAAAUGAGAUGAAAUGGCAGCAGCUAAGUCCCACGGGGGCAUCUCCCGCAGCCUGUGCUGCCCACUCAGCUGUGGCUGUGGGGAAACACCUGUACAUCUUUGGAGGGAUGACUCCCACAGGAGCACUGGACACAAUGCAUCGGUAUCACAUAGAAAAGCAGCAUUGGACCUUGCUUAAAUUUGAUACUUCUCUCCCCCCUGGACGAUUGGAUCAUUCCAUGUGUGUCAUUCCAUGGCCAGUGAUGUGUACUUCUGAGGAAGAAGAUUCCAAUUCUCUCACUCUGAACUGUGAUGCUGAGAAAGGGGAUUCCGCCAGCAAAGGAGUGACCCAAGGUGGUGACUCACACGAGGAAAGUCAGACUGACACACUGCUUUGUUUUGUGUUCGGCGGGAUGAAUACAGAAGGGGAAAUCUAUAGUGACUGUAUUGUGACUGUAGUUGACUAAUCCCACAUUUUUAUUAAAUGACAACUUUUCAGGGAAGUUAAAUGAAACCUUAGCUAUUUUAUACCUCCAAAAUAUUUUCUGCACUAUAUAUCCCUCUAACUCUUACCUAAUUUGGGAGGCGAAGAAAUGGAUAGCCCAGUGUAAAAACCUCAAUUAUAUAAAGGGUUUUUCCAGCAAUA